GCAGAGAUAAAACCAUGUUUAUACUUGGUGAUGGUGGAAAUACAAGUUUUCAAACAACACGAAGACGAAGAUCAACAACAAAUGAUUAUUAUAAUGGACCACUGGAGUCUGGAGCAAGUUACAGUAUUUUUCAAAGGAUCUUUCUUGAUGACAAGGGUGAAUUUUACUCCACGGAUUGGAGCCCUGCUUCAACAACAGUUGCAACAAGCACUCCCACAACAAAUACAAAGAGUAAAAAAAGCGAUAAUAUUCCAAUGAUUGCUGGUGUAGCGGCUGGUGGUUGUAUUCUUCUUAUCCUGGUUAUAGUCGUGAUCAUUCUGUAUAGAAGCAGACGCGAGAGCAAGAAAGAUUCAGAACCGUAUUUUGAAAUGGAAGAGAAACAAAAAGUUGCUCUACCUGCGAUCAACGAAGCAUAUCUUGAUUCUAACGACAGACAUCUCGGUCCCAACAGCUCUACUGAAGUACAACCGAACCCCACCGUUGCAGAUGAAGUAGAUGCGGGUAAUCCAGUUGAGGAGAAAAAGAUAGAUCCUUCAGAUCUUGCUGCUGCUAAUAAAAAUAUCUAUGAUAACCAAGAAGCUGUUGUUGCGAGGAUUCAUAAUCCUGUUCCUGUUGGCGAAUUCAGUGAUCACGUGAACAACCUGAGACAAAACGAUAGAAAAGAUUUCAAGCUGGAAUUUGAGGAUUUGCCAAAUGCGAACAUUUCCAACGGAGAUAUUUCAAAACGAGCGUUUAAUCGACCGAAAAACAGAUACGGCAACGCAGUCACAUAUAAUGAUUCUCGCGUCAUUUUGUCUGGUGACGAAAAAUCAGAUUACAUCAAUGCUUCGUACAUCAACGGAUUGGUAGCGAAGUAUUACAUCGCCACACAAGGACCAAAACCAGCAACAGUGAAUGAUUUCUGGAGGAUGAUUUUUGAACAAAAAUGUCCAACAAUUGUCAUGUUGACCACAUUGAAAGAAAUGGGAAAGGUAAAAUGUGAGAAAUACUGGCCCGAUGACUCUGGUUUGUAUGGAGAUAUCAAAGUGACAGCCAAAGAAACAAGAACAUUUGCUGACUACGUUACUCGCCUAUUCACUGUUGAGAAGGGAGGUGAACAACACAGAGUUCAACAGUUUCACUUCAAAGCAUGGCCAGACUAUGGUGUUCCUUACUAUCCAACACAGAUUUUAACUUUCAGAGGACAUUUCAAGUCUUUUCAUGAGACUAAAACUGAACCAGCUGUCAUUCAUUGCAGCGCCGGAGUUGGUCGAACAGGAGUGUUCAUUGCUGUGGACAAGAUUCUGGAUGAUCUUGACAAAGAAAGGAAAGAUGUGAUUGAUAUCUUUGGCUUUGUGAAGGACAUGAGAACAAGACGAAUGAACAUGGUACAAACUGCUGAUCAAUAUGUGUUUAUUCAUGAUGCAAUCGUUGAUCACAUCAAGUGUGGAGCGAAUGAAGUUCAAGCAACGCAUGUGAAAUUCGAGAUCAAGAAAUUAUCAGAGCAAACUAACGAAGGCCAGACUGGAUUCGAAGAGAAGUUUAAGCGUUUGAACACGGUAUCACCGAAGUUGAUGGAGGAUCAAUGCGAAGCAGGACUUUUGGAGGAGAACAAGAAGAAGAAUCGAAAGGAACACAUUUAUCCAUCUGAGUCUGGUCGUGCUUGUCUCAGUCAUCUUGAAAAUGUCGCGAACUCGGAUUAUAUAAAUGCUUGUUUUGUCGAUGGAUAUCUUGGCAAGAAUUAUUUUAUCGCUACACAAACACCUCUGAAGGAGACGAUUAACGACUUUUGGAGGAUGGUGACAAAAUAUUGUUCGUCAACAAUCGUCAUGUUGAAUCAGUUGGGUGAAGAUGAGGAAUACCCAAUGUUUUGGCCAACCCAGAGAGCUAAACCACAGUCAUUUGGAACCACCACAGUAAUGUUGGAUUCUUUCGUCAAAAAAGAAAAUAUUGUUGUUAGAAAAUUCAUCGUUUCACCCUCAGCGGAUUUGAAAAAUGGUCACAUGGUAAGAUUGGUUCAGUACAUGACGUGGCCAGACCAUGGAGUUCCAGAAAAUGUUAACGAUAUUGUGAAACUUUUGUCUGAAGUUGAAGACGCAAAAAGGGCAGCAGAAAAGAAGGGACCAAUCAUUGUUGUUUGCAGCGAUGGUGCUGGGAGAAGUGGAACGUACAUUGCAAUUUCUAAUCUUGUGGACAGAGUGAAAGUUGUUCAAGUCAUUGACGUCUUUCAGUGCAUCAAAUUGAUCCGUGCAAAGCGUCCACAGUUCGUUGAGACCGCGGCUCAAUUCAAGCUCUGUUAUGAAGCCGUUUCAGCUGUUUUGAAUUCCUUUAAUGAAUACUCAAACUUUGGUAAUACUUAAAGAGUAACUAGGCUAGUUAUAUGUACUGGAGUCACUAUACCACAAAGAUCAUUUAC